CAGGACCAUUGAGGAUUUACUUGGGGGUCUACAGGGACCCUGCACAGAUUACUCCUGGUGUUAGGGCGGCCAUCUGUAUAUAGCCCCCGUCGCAGACACCAGGUGGAGGAAACGACCGCGGUCUCCGCAGCUUCUGCCAGCGAUGCCCUCCGUCUCGCCACACAACUUCUCCUGGGUGGAGCCCGGCCUCCUGGCUGGCAUGGCGUUGCCCCGUCUGCCAGCUCAUUACGAAUACCUCUACGAGAAUGGCGUCCGACACCUGGUGACCCUGACGGAGCACAAACCACCUUACCACGACACCUGCCCCGGCAUCACCCUUCACCGUAUCCGCAUCACCGACUUCUGCCCACCCAGCCUGGAGCAGAUCAAGACUUUCCUAAAGAUUGUGGAGGAGGCGAGAGCCAAGGGUGAGGGGGUCGCAGUUCACUGCCUGCACGGGCACGGGCGCACUGGUACCAUGUUGGCUUGCUAUCUGGUUAAAACCCGAAAGAUCACCGGAGUGGAUGCCAUUCAGGAAAUUCGCCAGCUCCGCCGCGGAUCCAUCGAGACGAGCGAACAGGAAAAGGCUGUCAUACAGUUCCACCACCACAUCAAGUGAUGGGGAAAAAAUGGGGAGGGGGGGUCCUCAAGAUAUUAUCAUGAUGGGACUCAGUGCUAUAUGUACCAUGUAUAUAAAAUGAUUUGCCUCACCAGAAAGACACUGUGCAUUGUUUACAGAAAGAAACAUGGCGGUUAAUGUCCUGUGAGC